ACUCCAAACAUCGUAGUCUGUCGGUUGUCGGCGGUCUCUGCGAAACCUUUGCGCAUGAAAAGAGUCACCGAUGAUGUGAUUCCAAGACAAUUCCAAUCAUAUCAACGGUGAAUUCUCCAAAUUAAUUAUUCGCGGAGUCGAUCUAGGACUAUCUAAUUGGUCCGUCCAAUAGUCCCUUUCCAUCGAAACCGGUUCUCCUCGUCGGAAUUUUUUGGCACUUGAGAUCACCUGGGGGGUCCUAACAUCAUUAUGCUGUAGACGUUACCUCGCCAAAGUGACAAAGUGUUGAUGCGUUGAUUUCCCACCAGCGAUUGACAUCAAAUAACAAUUGGAAUAAAAUUACAAUUGUCUCGAAAGAAUAUUUUAUUCAAUAAUGCAUACCUGGACGAUAAUUGUGGUGUUAUUGUGCUGUGGAUACGUGAUAAGUGAUGAUAAAAGUUACCAAGUGUCAUCCUCGUCGAGAGGAAGAGAGCGCUCCAUCAAAGCUAUUGAAUAUGUUGAAGAUGAUGAAGUCAGUUUUCCAAUUGCCUCGAGGGAGCUGGCCCUUUUGGCAGCGACCAUUGAGAGCAUUCCAGGUGACACCUGUCGAGAUCAUGCCAGGAUGAUCAUCGAGGGCAUACAGAACCUGACGACCUGGGCUGUCAGGUUCUAUGAUGCAUCGGCUAAGGUCCCAGAAGGUCUUCUGGCCGGUUCCACGUACGAACUUGGGAACUUCGACGAGUGCAUUCAGAUUGGAGACGCUGAUGAUGCACCUCCGGGUCUUGCUGGGAUGUAUUGCCUCGGGGAUGUCGACGUUCAUGUUCCGGAUGAGCUCGUCAGGAAGAAGGACACUGUCUGGGAGAUGUUUAGGAAGCCGGUGAAGAGGUAUGAUGAAUCCAUCAGGCGAAUGCACUGGGGCAUCUGCGUUCCUGCCUCAUGCAGCUCAGUAGAUCUCCAGGAGGUCCUCCAGAAGGUCCUGGAGAUUGCUUCCAGUGGGACUAAGGUUACACUCAGGCCGAUAGUCGAUGGAAAACGGUGUUACAAACGGGAAGAACUUCACGUUGACACGAUUGAUGUUAUAUAUCUUACAAUCAUCCUUGGAAUCACUGUGAUAAUUGCAGUUGGAACUUUAUUCCACGCAAUUCAUCUGAAACGUGGUGAUGAGACAAAAGGAGUUCUUCCCCAAGUGCUGGUCUCUUUCUCCCUGAUUUCAAACAUAAAAAAAUUAUUUGGCCCAGCAAACGACGAUGGGCUGAAUCUUGACUGCAUAUCUGGAAUGAAAUUUCUGGCGAUGGGUUUCAUUGUCGCUGGACAUUGUCUGGUAUUUGUUGUCGGUGGUCCUGUACUAAAUAGCAAUUUUUGGACCGAAGCUGUGACCAAAAUUGAGAAUUCAAUAUUUCUCAAUAAUCCACUUCUAGUUGACACAUUUUUAUUACUCAGUGGUUUUUUAUUUGCUCGAAUUCUUCUGAAAGAAUUGGACAAACGGAGAUCCGUUAACUUUCUUUUUUUGUACAUUCUUCGUUACAUCAGAUUGACACCGGCCUAUUUGGUGAUACUCGGACUCUAUGUGACAUGGUUACCCAGAUUGGAUUCUGGACCACUUUGGUAUCGGAUGAUCGAGGAGAAGGAGAGAUGUCAAGCCUCCUGGUGGACUAAUAUUCUCUAUGUUAAUAAUUACGUGAACACUAAUCACUUGUGCAUGUUUCAAUCGUGGUAUUUAUCAGUUGACACACAACUGUUCGUAUUGGCACCGGCAAUAAUUUAUCCUUUAUGGAGAUGGAGGAAAACUGGGGAAUUAAUAUUGGCCGGUGUUACUGCCCUCUCCAUUGCUGUACCUUUCACCGUGACAUUGGUCAAUCGCCUAGACCCAACGCUCAUGGCUUACAGAGAAGAAAUUCAGGACAUCUCCACCAAUGACUUUUUUAGGAGUAGCUACAUCAAGACUCAUAUGAGAUCAAGUGCGUAUUUCUUUGGACUCAUAUAUGGAUAUCUGUUGUACAGAAUUCAGGCUGCUGACUGCAAACUCACCAAGAACUACGUGAGGAUCGGGUGGAUACUAGCGUCAGUAUCACUAAUCACUUCGAUGUUUUCAAUCGGUAUAUUUUAUGGGCCAAGGAAGGAUUAUGGACCUCUAGACGCCGCCAUCUACUCCGCAUUGCAUCGAGCACUGUGGAGUUUUGGCACUGGGUGGGUCCUUGUUGCUUGCAUCACAGACAACUCUGGACCGAUUAGGAAUUUCUUGAAGUGGAGAGCAUUCGUUCCACUCAGCCGAUUGACGUACUCGGCUUAUUUAGUGAAUGGUCUUGUUGAAUUGUACGGCGUUUCUACUACAAGGACACCCCAGCAUUUAGAUAAUUUAAGCUUGGUCGCCAAAGUAUUCUCCCACCUGAUGUUAACGUUCAUUGGUGCCAUUUUGCUCUCCACAAUGUUCGAGUCUCCUAUUUUAGGGUUGGAAAAAAUAUUCCUGCGACCAGUACUGAAAAACCUCGAAAAGUCUGACACCUCAAGCCGCAACAAUUCCGAAGAGACUACCACAAGUGACGCAUAA